UGCCCCCUGCGGAUGUUGCCAAAAUCAAUCACGUAAACAGGCUGUUGGCUGUUCAAGGAUCACGAUCUAGUAGAUGGCAACGUAGUUUAAAGACUGAUAUGUGCUAAAAGCUUCAAAAUGACAAUGAAGCAUUACAAGCUCAUUGUUCACGAAAGAUCAUUUAGCGCGGAGGAUUUAAUAAUUAAUCCCAGAGACUGUCCAUCGCUUAAGAAAGGCGACAUUGUAGAAAUCUAUCACCCAGAAGAUGAAUUCAGUAGACUUCUUUUGCAAGUUACCAUAUUCAAAGAAGAUCUCCAAGGAAAAGAGACUAUAAGUGUUGAGUCCAGCAUAGCUUCGGCUUUUCAACUCCGCAAAUAUGUGGAUGUGUGUAUGCAACUUGUUGAACCAGAGACAGUUAGUCUAGACUCUGUUGAGCUUACCUUCAAAGAUCAGUAUAUGGGUCGUAGUGAGAUGUGGCGAUUGAAGAAUAGUUUGAUCAAUACAUGCAUCUAUCUUAAUAAGAAAAUAGAAUUUUGUGGAGGUUACAUAAGAUGUCAGGUAUAUGAAAUGUGGUCCUCUGGUGUUAGAGUAGCUUGUGGUGUUAUCACUGAAAAUACUAAGAUUGUAUUUAGAUCCUCAACCAGUAUGGUUUACCUAUUUCUUCAAAUGAGUUCAGAGAUGUGGGACUUUGACAUUCAUGGAGAUUUGUAUUUUGAGAAAGCUGUAAAUGGGUUUCUGGCAGAUUUAUUCCAGAAAUGGAAGAAACAUGGGAGCAAUCAUGAAGUUACAAUUGUCUUAUUUUCAAGAACAUUUUACAAAGCCAGUAGUCUAGAAGAAUUUCCACGCCACAUGCGAGAUUGUCUUCAACAAGACUAUAGAGGGAGAUUUUAUGAGGACUUUUAUAGAGUUGCUGUUCAAAAUGAAAGGUAUGAUGACUGGAGUAGCACUCUUGUUCAACUAAGACGUUUAUUUAUGGAUUAUCAACGCCUUGUGUUAGAAUAUCACAAGAGGCCUGGUAUUGAAAUACCCAAGGCUGUAAAUUCCACUGCAGCCCAGGGGAAUUUCUUAGAAGUACUGAACAUGUCUCUGAAUGUGUUUGAAAAACAUUACUUGGAUAGAAGUUUUGAACGGACUGGUCAACUCUCUGUAGUCAUUACUCCUGGUGUUGGUGUUUUUGAAGUAGAUCGUCAACUAACUAACAUUACAAAGCAGCGGAUCAUUGACAAUGGUGUUGGUAGCGAUCUAGUUUGUGUUGGAGAGCAGCCAUUACAUGCUGUACCUUUGCUUAAAUUUCAUAAUAAAGACACUUCCAUCAGUGCAGUUGAUGAUUAUAGCAUGCCACAUUGGAUCAACCUUAGUUUCUAUUCAACCAAUAAGAAGGUGGCAUACUCAAACUUUGUCCCAAGAAUUAAAUUACCUCCUCGUACAAAAUCUGUGAGAACACGCUCUCAUUCCUCUCAAUCCCAAUGUGCUCCUGGAGAAGUUGCCGCUCUGCCCACUACCCCAACCACACCAAAAACUAAGCUUGUGGAUGAAGAAUUUUUUCCUGAGUCUCCAUUUGAUUAUGAUGCCUAUGAUAGGCAAGUGUUUCAGAUGCCUACAGUCCACACAACUAGAUUUUCUCGUCAAUUGCAAAGGGCUUCAAGCAGACACAAGAAAGGGAGUGUCACCCUUGAUGGUGGAGUAAGUGUGAGCAUAACAGGGCCUGGAAUGCAACAUCUUCCAAAGUCUAUAAGACGUAAGAUAUCUGAUCCUGAUAUUCACCAUAUGAACAAUGGAGAGAAUGUAAUUGUUGGUUCCCCAUCUAAUGGUCACAGCCACUUAAUGACUAGCCCUAAGAUGAUCAGUGGCGGUCCCAAUGUUGGACCAGCUAGUCCAUUGUCUACUUUGAUGGGAUCAUCUCCUAUUCUUGGCUCAUCUUUAACUCCAAGAUCAGCUGCCAUCAGUAUACCACAGAUUCGAUCCAAUAAUAACUCUCCCCAGCCAUCUCUUUCUGUUAAUGCUAAUGAAGAUGGUUUUGCAGAAAUGGCUAAAGUUAAACAUAGAGCAUUGGAAGAUCUUCUCGAAGGGGAAACCUCACCCCCACUAAGAGUAGUUGCAGGAAGUAUGGGAUCGCCUACUUCCCCCAUAUCACCCACAUCACCACCUCAGAAUACUGCUUUACUGAGACCUGGAAGAGCCCUCAUCAACCCCUUCGACCCAUCUCACGUCACAAUUAAGUUGACUUCAAAUCGGAGAAGAUGGACUCACAUUUUUCCAAAAGGUCCCGAGGGGGUUUUAAUACAACAACAUCAUUAUCAAGCUGUUCCCACAUUCACCUCUAAUGAAGAUCAGAGCCAGUCUCAGACAACUGCCCAAAUGCAAGGAACUAACGGACAAUCUCAAGAAGUUGUGUCUGUUAGGAGUACAUCUCCUAUUGGGGACCUGGCUCUAAAAUUCAAUAGCAGAAGUGGCAUGACAAGAUCUGCAUCUCAGAUAGCUUUUCAGGAUCAUGUUCGAGGAAGAAGCUUAGGCCGACCACAGCUGUCUGAACGCGGACAAAUCCCUACUCAAAUAGUGCAGUCAGCAAAUAAAGCUUUGCUUUGGGGUGCAACUGGUGAACAGGAGUGGACUCCUGCUUUGACUACAGUCGGAAAAAUAAUUAUAGGGGUUGAUUGGAAAUCUCUAACAAUAUCUGCUUGUCUUCCAAUCACAACUGAUUAUUUCCCAGACAAGAGAAGUUUGCAAAAUGACUAUGUUGUUUCGGACUACUAUCUCUUACCUGAUGACGUAAAUGCUGAUUUUGCUCAGCGCAGAGCAAUUUAUAAAAAACCAUUGACUACGUCGGAGGUUUUCAAGGAACUAGUUUCACAGCGUUUGGCUCAGGGAUUCCAGUUAAUAGUGCCUAACAAAGACGGUGCACCAUUUGGCUCUCUUGGCGCAGGAGUUAAGAUAGAGACUCCUGCAACUCCCAGCUCAGUUGUUGGACCCCGCACCACUGAUAUGGAGCCAAGUGAGGAAUACUUAUUGAGUAUAGGAAGAAUAUUUCACCGCAUUUCUCUGAAAGGUUCUUGUAUUACCGUUACGCGAUAUAGGCCAAGGCACCCUUACCCACCAUUCAACUUUUAUUAUCAGUAUCGUUUCCAAGCACCUGACCAUGAAUCUUAUGAAGUUUCUUGGGUGUCAUUCACAACUGAAAAGCUUGAAAACUUCAACUGGAAUUAUGUUGACCAUUAUAUCUGUACAAGAGGAGAUACAGAUUUUGCUUUAGCAGAAGCACUGAAGUACUGGCGUUUCCGAGUCUAUUUACUUCCUGUCAAUCAAUCUGCAACAAGAAAAAUUCUUGAUGGUUCUGAACAUUGUGAUAUAUAUGUGCCUCCUUCUACUGAGGACCAGUGUCAAAUGGUGAAAAACUUCUUACGAUUCAUCGAAACAUUUGUGAAUAGGAUUCGAAGACCAAAUGCUCAUAAAAAGCCUAGGGAUCCCCACAGUUUUCAACCAGCCCCACUGCCCUUGCAGCUCAGCCAUCUGACCCGACGCAGACACAGCACCAGCCUGACUUUCCUUUCGCACUCUAGUAGUUCGGCUAACCAUGCAACUAACAUAUCUCAGCACGCGAGUAUUGUUGGUAACUCUCCAUUCCGAGAGCGUCUUGGUAGCAAUCGACUACCAGAUAAACCCAGACCGAGAUCGGGCUCAAAAGUGCUGGAGAGAGGGCGGGCAUCACCUGCAGGGGAAGGACCAGUUGACUUUACAUCCAACAACGAUCAUCAAGAUUGGCUUGAGGAUGGUCUUGCACAGCCAGAGUUACGUCUAGGACGCAAUGCAUCAACAAGUGAUAUAGUGGAUGCCAUGCGCCAACCAAUGACUGGAGUUGGUUUCUUGGCUCAUCAUACAUCCUCCCUGACUUUUGCGAGUGCUGAUGCUGUUCAGUGGCUGAUCAAGCAUGUUGAGGACGUAACUUGUCAACAGUCAGCAGAAAAAAUUCUUGAGAAAAUGUUAAGUGAAAAGCUCAUUUGCCAUGCAUCAGGGGACCACACUCAGCCUCUAAAGAUUGGCUUUUAUCUGUACCACAUAGUUUCAGAUCAUGACCAUCAAAAAGAUGGUGAUUCCAGCUCUGCUUUGUUUGGUGAUAUUCAGAGCUUUGAAAAUGAAUGGUUAGAGGUAGAAGUUCGCCAUCCAACAAAUUGGAUGCCUCCAGCCUCAGGUGGUGUUGACAAUGUUCCCAACUCACCAACAUUGCAGCAAACACCCAUUACUAUUCCCUUACCACCACUGCCUAAGUUUUUACAAGACAAAAUGGAGGAAAUGUGUCAGGGAGAUGGAGUUGCUCAGUAUAAAAACAUUCAUUUGGAAAUUGAUGUGAAUAAUAAAAGUGACCGAAUAGAAUGGGGUCAUUGUCGCUACCAAUCAUUAUUUCGUCCAGAUAGAGCAUAUGAACUAGUGGUACAAUGGUUGUCGGCCUCUGGACCAAUAGUGGCGGAGCUGAUUGUUUCUGGCUGGGCUAGGAAAGCAAUUCAAUGCAGCCUUCAGAUGGUUCCCAUCCCUGCAGAUCCAUUAGCAUUACCAUUCACCCACAAGUCAGAUCCACUACGAGGACCUGUCUUUGUUCCGCUAGACACUGAAUGUUUAAUGGGUAGUAAAAGCUAUUUAUUUCAAGAAUUCCCAGAGGAUUCUUGGGCUCAGCGGCUUUUACUUUUCCAAGAGACCAUUGCACUGAGAUUCGGUUUCAUUGCAUGUGCCAUGGAAAACCGUGGAACAAGUCCACAAGCAAAUAGAUUUAAUCGUGAGAAGGAAAAAGAGCAAACAAGACAUCAUCAUCAAUACGUUCAUAUUACUGGCAACAUGUUCCUGCUAAUACCAUCUCCACCUUGUCAUCGGUCACAUGCUCAGGACAUGGAUUGUCAAGGAAAAUCCAAACGGACUGUGGGACGUCAACCUAGCGUGCAGUAUCCAACACACCACGAUGUUAUGGUAUCAAGUCCUCAUGAAGAAUAUAUAACAAGACAUGUCAGUGGAAACAGUAAUCAAGAUGAAUAUGGUCCAGAUCGCAAGAUUGGCUUUCUGUGGUCAUGGAAUCAUAUGCUGACACGAAGAUGGAGAGGCCCUAACAGCGCAACAGGAGAUGAACAGUUCCAAAAUAAAAUGCUUAAGGACUUUAGGGAAUUUUGCAGUAAUCAAAAUAACAGGCUAUUGAACUUUUGGGAUCAGUGCUGGAUUAUCCGAGACCAAUAUGAAGAACGCACGUCAAGUGCCUCUGCAUCAUUCGGAGAUGCACACGUGCCGAAUGGGGAAGGGGUUCGUAAUGGUAAUUUUAAUAACACUAGCGUAUUUUGUGGUGUACAUUCCACUCUAGAAGAAGUUCCUGAGAAGGUAUAAACCUUAGGUUAAUGGCAAAAAAUUUUUUUUACCAUUCUCUAUUGCAUGACAGUUAUGUCUUACAACAUGUCAGGCACACAACAGAUAUAUGACCACAGAAGCUCAUCAUAUGUUUAUAAAUAUACUGUAUAACCAAAAGACUGUAAAAAUACUAUACCUUGUUUCGAUUUACCGACAUUAUACAAUUGUUAGUUGUUAGAAAUUUGUUAUAUCUGAUUGCUUCUGGAUCUGACGCAGCAGUUUAAAUUACCUAUUUUAUGUUUUUCUGACCAACAAAUUAGUUUUAAUUGUUAAAUAUUGGGUCUGUGAUUAGAUAAAUUAUG